CUAUCCUAAGAACAAGCAGUUUUCCCCAACUUGGCUAGGUGCAUGUCAAAACCGACGGCGCAAAAAUGACUACCUCGGCGGAAUACAAGCAAUUUCUGGCAGAACAGAUUCUGACCGAGGACAAGGUGAUUACCUAUCGAUAUCUUGGCCGAUCCCUUGGGGUGCGAUUAAAUGUCGCCAAGCAAAUGCUCUACGAGUUUCACAAGUCGCAAAAUGAACGGAAACCAGGUACCAUUCAUGCGACUUAUCUCGUAUACGGAGUCAAACCAAAUGAUGAUUCCCUUCAUGGCCGGUCGCAGCCGGAUGGGGACAUUGAGAUGGCGAGCUCCAUGCCCGAGGUUGAAGAAACUUCGGAGCAGGUCCCAGUAUUUACCGUCACUCUGGUGAAGGAAGAAAACCUUGAGGACUGCCUGGCGCAGUAUGAACAAGUGACCUCCAUUCACGUAUACAGCAUAGGGAGGCAUCCCAUGAGCGACCCGCAACUCCUAUCGGACGCAGCUCAGCAAGUCCUCCAGAUCGCGUCCACCGACGACCCCCUUGAGCUGAACAGAAAACUCGGCAACAUCAGCAACUCUCAAGUGCGGCGGCGAGACCGGAAGGGCUUAGCGAUCCCUCCACCAGCCACUGUAAAGUCGGAACCGAAGCCCAGCCAACCGGUAAAAGCAGAGGCUCCGAAACCCCAGGGAAUGUUCGGAAAGUCAAAUGUGCCAGCCAAAGACGAGUCCAAGUCACAGGCCACCUCAUCUGCAAAAUCAUCACAAGCAGCUUCUGCGGCCUCUACGCAGAGCGACAGCAAGAAACCUCCACCGUCUAUGAAGCGGGGCGGCUCCGGCGGUUUGAUGCAGGCCUUUGCAAAGGCCAAGCCCAAGAAGAAGGCCGAGGUGGCUGUGCCAUCUCAGGCCGAUACUGCCAUGUCGGAUGAUGGAGAGGAUGAUUCGGAAGCCGUGCCUGCGCCGAAAAACGCAGAGCCUGCCGACGUGGCCGCUGGCCGGAAGACACGAAAGGAGCGAGAGGAGGAGCUGAAGCGCAUGAUGGAAGAGGACGAUGACGAUGUGGAAGAAGAGAAAGAGCGGGAAGACACUCCAAUGGAGGAGCCAGAGGAGGAGCCAGAGGAAGCGCCUGUUCCCGAGGCCCCCAAGGAGUCUGAAGAGCCAGCAGAAGUCGUCUCGGCUAGUACCGGAGACGGCCGGAGGCGUGGUAGGAAGCGUGUCAUGCGCAAGAAGCAAGUUAUGGACGAUCAGGGCUACCUCGUAACCAUUCAAGAGGCGGCCUGGGAGUCUUUCUCCGAGGAUGAUACCCCUUCCAGUUCUGCAAAGCAAGCAAAACCAGUUGUGGCUGUGCAGGCCACAGCAUCUGCUGCAAAAGGCAAAAAAGCUGGAGCAAAAGGGCAAGGUAACAUCAUGUCAUUCUUUUCGAAGAAAUGAUUCGAUGAAAGUGGUACCUAGGUUACUUUGGUGUUUGGGCAGCCUGUGAUUCUGAUGUAUUUCCAUGGUACUGAGACAUUCAAGGGGUUAAUGGCUAAUUAUCACGAAGAAUCUCAAGAGUCUCCGGCCAUUUGACGUAUUGAGAAUAUCCGUUUGAAAGGAAUAGUCUUUCUCACCUUGAGUUUCUUUUUUCUUUUUUCUUUCUUUUUUUUUUUUUUUUUUUUUUUUCGUACAAUAUACUGUA